AUGACUGAAGAGCUUAAGGAGCUUCCCAUAACACACCUGCCCAUGAGUGCUGGGAUGAUGGCUGCCAUUAUAAUUGGGUCCCUUGCUGCCGGGUCCCUCUUCGUUGGGUGCAUUGCCCAUCUCCUGUUAACAAGAGGCUGGAAGGGCCAGAGCCACAGCUCACUGGUGGUACGAAAAGAGGCAAUGCUGGUCCAUAACCCUCUGGAUGACACCCACAGAGAAGCGGGAGGCCCACCCAGUCACAAUGCUGGUGACCAGAACAUCUAUGAAGUGAUGGCAUCUCCGACCUUCCUGGUGUCUCCCCCCUGGUGA